UCCUGCGUGGACAGGAAGUACCCCGCUUUAGGUUUAACAUCACGUCAAGGACAGUUCCGAUUUUUUAUUCAUAACCAGCUUUACCUUUAUUGACACUGCUAGAAACCAGACUGCAGCAUGCGAAGUGCGUUUUUCUUCCUGGUUCCCACCCUGCUGCUCCUCCUGGCCCUUCCUGCCUCCAGAGGACGUUACAAUGACGACUUUGACGAAGGCGAGGAUCUGGCAGACUUUGACGACAAUGACUUCGCAGAGUUUGAGGACAUGAAUGAUGAUUUAACAGCCGAGGCGGAGACGGCCCCGCCGCCACGCGUCUCAUCACCUUCCUCACAGACUGAAGACGAUGAAGAUGAAGCCACCGUGGAGCUGGAGGAUGGUCAGGACGGUUUCGAGGACUCCGACACGCAAGAUCAAGAUAUGUACAGCAAAUACGACCAGGAGGAGUUUGAGGGGAUUGGAGACAUGGAGAAGACGGGCCACUCCAUGAAGGACCCGCUCAUAAUCCACACGGUUCCUGCACACCUGCAGAACAGCUGGGAGAGUUACUACAUGGAGAUCCUGAUGGUGACGGGUUUACUGUGCUACAUCAUGAACUACAUCAUAGGGAAGAACAAGAACAGCCGACUCGCUCAGGCCUGGUUCAACUCCCACAGGGAACUUCUGGAGAGCAACUUUGCACUUGUGGGCGAUGACGGCACCAGUAAAGAACCUGUGAGCACUGGGAAGCUGAAUCAGGAAAACGAACACAUCUAUAAUCUGUGGUGCUCUGGCCGUGUGUGCUGUGAAGGAAUGCUGAUUCAACUCAAGUUCCUGAAGAGGCAGGACCUCCUGAACACGGUGACCAGGAUGAUGAGGCCCGCCUCUGACCAAGUGCAAGUCAAAGUGACGCUUAACGACGAAGACAUGGACACUUUCGUCUUUGCUGUGGGCUCCAAGAAAGCCAUGGCUCGGCUGCAGAAGGAGAUGCAGGACCUGAGCGAGUUCUGCAGCGACAAGCCGAAGUCGGGGGCGAAAUAUGGUCUUCCAGACUCCAUGGCAAUUCUCAGUGAGAUGGGGGAAGUAACGGAUGGUGUGAUGGAUAACAAGAUGGUACACUACAUCACCAACCAUGCUGACAAGAUCGAGUCGAUCCAUUUCUCGGAUCAGUUUUCUGGUCCAAAAAUUAUGCAAGAGGAGGGUCAGCCGUUAAAGCUGCCUGAGACCAAGAAGACUCUACUGUUUACAUUUAAUGUGCCUGGCUUCGGCAGCACGUCUCCCAAAGACAUGGACUCUCUGCUUCCGCUCAUGAACAUGGUGAUCUACAGCAUCGAUAAGGUCAAGAAGCUCCGUCUGAACAGAGAGGGAAAGCAGAAAGCGGACAGAAACCGAGCUCGGGUUGAGGAAAACUUCCUGAAACAGACCCACGCUCAGCGCCAGGAAGCAGCCCAGACCCGCAGAGAGGAGAAGAAAAGGGCCGAGAAGGAGAGGAUCAUGAACGAAGAGGAUCCUGAGAGACAACGCCGCCUGGAGGAAGCAGCGCAGCGGCGUGAGCAGAAGAAGAUUGAGAAGAAGCAGAUGAAGAUGAAGCAGAUCAAAGUGAAAGCCAUGUGAAAGAGAAAAAGCAUUAAAGCACAUGGAGAAUCAGUGCUUUGCUCAGCUUUUCUUCCUGCUACUGCCAUUCAACUCCCACAACUUCAGCCAGAAAUCUUCCAUCAAACUCUCCGAUUGUGUCUGGCUUUGCUGUUGGUUUCACCUGCUGCUCCACUUGACAAGAUUAAAACCUAAAAAACGGAGAAAAAUCCGUCAAAUGAGUCUCUGGGCAUCAAGUUUGUUUGUUUUUUAAACAUUUCUCAAAUGUUUGUCUGAAAAAAAACCUAAUGAUUGUUUUUAAACAGUUGCUGGUGAGCAGGACACUACUAGACGAUAUUGAGCCACAUUUUUAAAGGACUGAAAGCAUUGCUGUUAUUUCAUUGGUAAUAUAUUAGCAUUAUUGUAAUCUUUAAACGAUAAUGUCGAGGAAAUGUUUAAUAUAUAUUUGAAAUAAGUUUCUGUCAGGCUGUUUCUAAUUGUUAUCUGAGCAAACAAUAAAUGCACUGAAAUCUUUAAAUAUAAAAGUUUUCCUUUUGUCAUAUU